UAAACCUCCCUCCACAGCAGCCAGCCUCUGCCUCAAACACUCUCUCUCACACACACACACCCUCUUCGAGACUUUCAGCUCUGACUGGACUUUUUGGUAUUGCUGGGAUUUUAUUCGACCAGCUCUUUAUCAGGAUGGCUGGCUCCAAAUCGUCACACGCGAUGCGCAAAAUUGUCGUCAUUUUGCUGGCACUUUGGUCGAUCAUUUCACUCAUCAUCAUAGUGGUGUGGGCCACCUCACCUGACUUGAAGGGGGCCAGUGAGUGCAACGCCAACCUGAAGACCCUCAAGGAAAAGUUUGCUGAGGAAAAAGAAGUAUGGACCAAGGACCGGCAUGCAUUGGAAGAGCUGGCGAGGCAGGGCCGCACCAACCAGAGCCUGUUGCUGACUCGCAUAGACCAGCUGAAAGACCAACUGCAAAAGCUCAAUCAGUCUCUGGACUCUUGUCUGAAGCACACUGACAUGCUGAAUGCCAACAUCACUGUGCUAAUGGAAGAGAUUGAUCUGCACAAAGCCAUUGAGGCCAACCUAACUGCGAAUAUCACACAGCAGCAAGACGUGAUUGAACUACUGCGGCAUAAUCUGACCCAGACGCUCAUUGACCUGGAGUCAUGCACGAACUUGCAGAAGGCUGCUGAGAUUCUUCAAACUACAGCUGAGAAGCAAACGCAGGGCUGCCAGUCCAGCAAGCAGUUCUUACAGAAGCAACUAGACAAGUGCAAAAGCACACCCCAAACUUCAUCCAAAAAUGAUGGACCCCCUGGACCUAGAAGUGGUGUUUUCCUAGUCGGGCUUUUGUGCAUCAGCUUUCUUUUAAUACCAUAGCGGAGCUGAAGAGAGAGUUUGAAUAAGAUAAUUGGAUACAUAUUUCAGUACAACACUGUGUCAAGACACCAGUAUGACGUGUGCAGUUAACCUGGACUUGAAGCACACAUUACUUUUGUAUGGAAAAAUCACUGCUGUAAAACAAACAGGAUGUUAAGGUCACAAAAUAAGGAUAUUCCUGCAAGAGUUAUUUAUCUUUUAGGGGAAUAUAAUAAGAUGUGUUUUUUUGUUCCAGUGAUAUAAACAAAAUGGUUUUUUUUAAGUCAAAUAAGCAUUCAGCAUUAAUCCUUUUUUUUUUUUUCUCCUUAAAUUUAAAUAUAGUCUGGAGUUUUGGCUAUUAAUUUAUGAGAACAUUAUCAGAAAGGUGUCUCUCCAAGUGAGAAAUAGAUUUUGUUGACUGCUGAGGAGUUAAAACCUGCUAAAAUAUUCUGGCAUAUAACAUAUUUCAAAUAUCUCUCAGCUACCACUGUUUGAACUUCAUUAGACUGAUGUGUUUCUGCUUAUCUCUUAUUGAUUACUGGAUUAGGACAAAAAAAAAUAUCAUCUUAAACUGUAUUAUCUAUUAUUUUGAUAAUUUCUGACUUUACGCAAAAAAUAAUGUUGCACUACUAAUGUAUUUUACCAAAAAAAAAAAAAAAAAACAAAGUUGUGGGCUGGCCUUAGAUGAUACACAUGCACAUUUUGGUCAUUUGGUCUGAUCUCGACUUAAAGCCUGUUGCGUUUGCACUGUCAACAAAACUUAACAGCAGCAAUGUUUUUGCCUGUUACAUGUCUAACAUAGCCUGUAUUGUCUUUCUCUGAUCUUUGUUUGCUUCUUUAUCUUGCAAAAAAAAUGUUACUCUAAGGAUUACCCUAUAUGCUAUGACGAUUCUUUAAAUUCAUUGACCAAUCUGUGAAACUCAUUUGCUCAUUUGGCACCACCUAACAAAGGUUAGACUAAACUUAAGCAGUUUUCUGAAACUGGUCUUCUUGCAGCGUGGCCUGCAGCAGAAGAAACUAAACCUAGCUAUUCAUGACAGGAAACAUAGCACAAAUAGUGCCAUUCAUUAAAGCAAAUAUCACUCCAGAGCUUCUUUUUUAAAUUCAGAUUUACUCGUACAAAAACGACGCACAUUUGAGUUUGACCGAAGUGGAUUCACCCAUUUCCUUUAAACAGUCUCAUAACUUUAUGAACACUGGCAUCAUUUAAUAUGAAGAGCUGGAAUGUGAUUACUAUGUACCCACCGUAAGCCUAACUCAUGAACACUUAUCACUUAGAAAAAAAGGUAACAAUUAGGCUGACUGUGCAUAGACCCAAGACAGAACUUUUAACUUUUAACCAAUAUAUUUUGAUCAAAUUGAACUACUUUUCACGUCAUGAGCCCCCAGUAAAGUGCAAGUGUAAGUGCUGAAUUUGUUAGGCUGCGUACUGAAUAUCUCUGACUAUAUUUGGCCUGGCUUACAUUUGGCCACCAACUGCAAGAGAUUUAUUCUAACAACACUGUCAUCAAGCAGUGUGUGGCUUGGUGAUCUACAGGUCUAAUUCACAUUUGUAAUUGUAUUGAUGUAGUGAUGGUAUUUUACUUAAAAUGUUGUCCUCUUUCCACCUGCAAAAUAUGCCAAAAUAUACUGAAGAUUGGAACCUCCUUUUAAGUUAUUCCUGUAACAAAACAAAUAAAGUACUGUCAAAAUCGGACACUUCCCAGAAGUGAGUUGGGCUGUAGCUCAAAUUAGCCCACACAUGAUAAGGCUUAGUAACUGUUGUUUGGUUUGGAUGCCAUGAGAAGGAAAAAUAUGGAAGUGAUCACAGAAAAUGAGAGCACUGGCAGGUAUGAGUGUAUUGGAAAUACUGUUGCAAUAAAUUUUUAAAAACUAAACUA